AUGGCCACAGAAGAUUCAUCAUCCGUCAGGCUGAUGCAAAUUAAAAUCUUAUACUCCUUAGAUAAUCAACCAAAUGUUUAUUUGUCACGCUCAGAAAACACUCUUCCUGUCAAAGUUGUUCAAAUUCCACUUGGAAUGAAUGAAGACGAACUAAUAACCUUAGGUGGUUUGGAAUUACAAGAUUGUGUGAAACAAGUGGUACGAUCGGCACCUGACACGUUCAACUUGAAUUUCCGUGACUUUGAAGUCUAUUACCAAGAUAUUAGUGAACAACCAGAUGAACCUUUUGUAGCCAAUGGCGUGAUUUCAAAAUUAUUACAUUCUAAUGAGUCAUGUUUGGUUCCUGGACGUGUUUGCCAAAGUUUAGGAGCAGGAUCUAUAUUUGGUAAAAAGUCCAAAAUGUCUUCUGAAACUUUAGAAAUUAGAAUGCAAUUACGUACCAUUGAAAUCCCAGUUUCAAAAGAAAAGACACCAGCACCAGAACAACAAACCCAUUCCCAAUCACAUUCACAUUCACGCAAACAUUCACUCUCACAUUCACAUUCAAGUCUAGCAAAAAGAAGUAAUCUGCAAAUCAAUAUAGAAAGAAAAAGAAACCAUGAGUCGUCAUCUCAUUAUGGUUCAAAUUAUUCUGCCGUAAAAGCAACAAGAACUUUAUCAUUACCAUCGUUUGUCAAUCCACCAGUAACCACCCCUCGUCAUAAAAGAGAUAAAGUUGAAGAAAGAUUUAAAAACGCCCCUUUCUACCUGAAUCUGGAUAAAGUCACAUACACUACAAAUAAUCGAACCCAACGACGCUACCAGUCUCCAUCUACGUCGUCGUCGUCGUCAUCGCUGCUUCAACCACAACGCGCCACGCGUACACGAUCAAUGUUCACGUCUAAUAUCCCAUCAAUUUCAUCACCAAUAAAUGAAGAACCUUAUUCUGAUGAUCCUGAUUACAACGCUCAUGAAGAUAAUUUCCAAAAUGACGAUGAAGUUUCCAGUGGUGGUAAUUCAUCGGUGACAUCACCAUACACUCCACAACAACCACCUUAUAAACCACCUACACCAACACAAUUACCUGAUGAUCUCGAUAGCAUUCGAAGCCAUACUAUUCAAAGUUCUAAAUUAAGUGACAAUCAUGGAUUAGUUUGUAUAAAUGAAUGUUGUCGUACCACAAGUUCGAUCAAUUGGAGAUAUUUUGAAACCGAAUAUAGACCAGAAUAUUCCAAACUACUCACGGCUCAUAAAUUUGACAAGAGAAAUUAUGAAGGCAUGUUGGGUCCAUUAUGUAAUGCAUGCUUUUUGUUUUAUAAAAAUAAAGGAUUCAUGAGACCUGAACAUGUUGUGAGGAAAUAUAUUCAUCAACAACGUUAUACUGCUAAAUUACGUAAGAAACAAAAGGAAGAUGAACUGAAUCGAACUACUUUAGAUGCAAUUGCUAUGAAAAAAUUUGUCUCGGGGACUUCGGUAUCGUUGAACGCUGGAUCUUCACCUGCUGCUAGUUUCCCAGCACCUAGUCAUACCCCAUCAGCUAUAAAUCAAGUAAUUCAAAACAAAGCGUUGACGUCACAUGGAAACAACAACAAUAACUUCAGCUAUGAUCCAACUCCACCGGGGUUCACACCAGAUUAUAGUGAUUUACUACAUCAAAUCAAUGUUUAUGGUGGUCCAUCAACGGAUAUUGAUCCAUUACCUGGUGCCACUCCGCCAAUGGUGGCUACUAAAUCCAAUACGAGAGUAAUAAAUGUUGAUGUUGGAGAUUCUGAAGUGGAAGAGUAUAAAAAGGCCACCAAAUUAAACACAAGAAUUAUUGGUGUACCUGUAGAAAGCAAUAUUGAUAACGUCAACGAUAACGAUGAUGAUAACAAUAAGGAAAACUUACCUCCUAAAAUCAACAAAACUACUCGUAAUGAUUAUGAUGCUAUGAUUAAUUCAUUCCAAGAAAAUAAUAAUGAUUGGAUGUGCUUUUUUUCAUCACCCAAAAAUCAUGUUACUAGUCCAAAUUCAAAGACUCCAGUGGAUAACCCUAAUGAAAUUCAAAAUCAGGGGCAAAAUAGAAAAUCACCAUUAAAGAAUGUUACUCAAAAAACUAUUGUUAAUAUGCCUUCAUCACCAUAUCAAUCAACAUUAGAUGCACCAUCUGAAGAUGAUCAUGAACAUGAACAUGAACAUGAAAAUGAUCAACAACAACAAAAUGUUUUAAAUGAUGAAAUAAGUAAAAUGAUUAAUAUGAGUCCGUUUAAAUCGUCACCUAAUCGUGCCAAUAGAUUGGAUACAGGUAAUCUGAUUAUGUCUAAUCAAAAUAAAGAUGAUGAUAAAAAGAAUCAAGCAUCAACUCCAAAUACAGAAUUCUAUUCUAAUGAUGAUGAUGAAGGUCAACAUAAUGAAGGACAUAAAAAUAUUACAAAAAGUGGUCCUUCAAUCUUGGAGAAGGAAAAUCAAUCAGUCUCACAACAUUAA